UCCUCCGUCAGCUGACCACGGUCCAUGUUGUCAGGAAGUGUUUCGUUUUUCAGAUCUAACCGGAACAUAAGGAGGAGUAGCUGUUUAAUACUACGCUCCUGGAACAUCACACUGAGCGUUUCAUGGGUCAGCCAUUGAGACAUGGAGAACUACAGCAGUGGUCGGCCAUGGGGGAAGCUAGUUAAAGUGGACUCCAAUGAAACAGUUCUGCUUUUCACUAAGGAAUGUACAGUUGGCAGAAAAAAAGGCUGCUAUCUGUCCUUUCCAUCCAAUAAACUUGUCUCCGGGGAGCACUGCAAGAUAGUAAAAGAUGAACACUCAGGGCUAGUCUGGCUUGAAGACACGAGCACUAACGGCACGGUGAUCAACUCGUCCAAAGUGGUCAAGAAGCAGACUCACGUGCUUCAGAACGGUGAUGUCAUCUACUUUGUGUACAGGAAGAGUGACCCCGAUCAAAACAUUGCCUAUGUUUACCACUCUUUAAUCACGGAGGCCGCUGUUCCAGAAGCGAGUAUUUUCCAUCUCCACAUGCAUACAGAGAGGCCAGCCUGCAGUCAUUUUCCGGUUCUGGCUUCAGAGAUGGCCCUCUCUGUGGAACCCGUAAUGCUCACAAGAGCUCCUUUGGAACCAACUCAGGAGGAACCUCAGCCUUCCACCUCCACUUCCCACUUUUGUGUUAAGAAGCCCUUGUCUAAAGCCCCCGUUUCAUCAGCUUCUUCUGCUUUGGGCCAAGUUAAGGAUGGAGCCUCGGCAGUAGAACAACACUCAGGCAACCGGGAGCCAGAAUGCAAAAGGAGGAGAACAGAUGAUGAUGUGACAGGAUCAGCAAAGGGGGAUGUUCUGUCUACAGCGUCAGUGAAAGAGACUAAAACGGACAAGAUGGAGGAGUCGCUGACAUGCGUCAUUUGCCAGGACCUGCUGCACGACUGCAUCAGCUUGCAGCCUUGCAUGCAUGUUUUCUGCGCCGCCUGCUACUCUGGCUGGAUGGAGCGCUCGUCGCUGUGUCCCACCUGCCGCUGCCCCGUGGAGAGGAUUUGUAAAAACCGCAUUCUGAACGACCUGGUGGAGGCCUACCUCAUCCAGCAUCCAGAGAAGAGUCGCAGUGAGGAGGACCUGAAGCGCAUGAACAGCCACAACAAGAUCACUCAGGACAUGUUGCAGCCCAAAGUGGAACGUUCCUUCUCUGAGGAGGAGGGCAGUUCAGAUUACCUGUUUGAGCUGUCUGACAAUGACAGCGACUCUUCAGACAUUAGUCAGCCCCUUCUGAUGUGCAGGCAGUGUCCAGGCUACACGCGGGACAUGGGCCAAGUUCUGUUUGCUUCGAGCUCAAACUAUUGGUUCACUGGUCUUCCAUCUGCACCACCUGUCCAGCCUCCUCCCACGCCUUCGUGUGGGGAGGGGGCAGCAAGGCCGGCCGGAGAGCAGCCCUCCACGUCCUCCGACCGGCCCUCAGCUGACGCACCUCAGGAGUACUGCUGCCCCCCUCAGGGCCACCACCUCAUCUGCACCUGCUGCCUCCAGCCGAUGCCAGACCGGCGGGCCGAGCUCAGCAACCAGCAGCAAGUUAUCGCUCAGCAAUGUAUGCUGUGCCAGAGUCCGUUCUGCCACAUGUACUGGGGCUGCCAGAGGAUUGGCUGCCAUGGCUGCUUGGCUCCAUUCAGUGAGCUUAAUCUGACUGAAAAGUGUCUGGAUGGCGUGCUGAACAACAACGCAUACGAGUCAGAGGUCCUACAAAACUACCUUUCUGCUAAGGGAAAGACAUGGAAAGAUCUGCUCCAGGAGUCCUUGCAGGGCUUACAGGAGGGCAAGUUUCUCCUGACAGAUCGUCGCAUCUCUGCGGACACCCUGCUGUGUUUCUGCUGCGGCCUGCGAGCCUUCAAGGAGCUGGCCUACAAGUACAGGCAGAACAUCCCUCCGGCUGAACUGCCAGCUUCUGUGACAUCUCGUCCCGACUGUUACUGGGGGCGUAACUGCCGCACGCAGGUGAAGGCACAUCACGCAGUGAAAUUCAACCACAUAUGUGAACAGACGCGUUUCAAGAGCUGAAGGAGCCGGGUGUUCGGUUCUUCUGAGUCAAAUGCACUUGUGAAACACGAUCUCGAUGCGACCCGCCUUAUGCAAUUGCCUAAUGCACAUAUUAACAAUCAGUGUCCAUUUACAACAAUGGCCGUGUUCUCCACAAAUAUUCCGGUGAAGGGUAUCUAUGCACAUUCGGAUUAUUCCCUUUUGAGUGAAGGUCUUUUCACUCGUACAAGUUUCUGUUGCUCAGAAUAAACACCCCGAAACAGCC